CUCACUCUCACCACUCUUGCUCAAACACAAAUGACGCAUCUCCAUAUAAGUUUCAUAGCCACAUAAGACUUUUUGGCAUUCAGUGGUACGCCAGGACUUUCUUAAAUACUUCACCAACGAAAGCGCUCGCCAUUCAGCUCACGCGCACCCAACGCGUGCCUUGCCGCCCUAAGGAUCCCGUAUAAAAACCAAGCCCAUAGAAAAAUUAAAUCAUUGUUGCUCCAUUAACCAACCGGGCCGAACAUCCAAUUAGAAAAUUUAAUGAUAGUGACCUAACGAAAAUGAAGUGCGUUUUAUUUGUGGCUUGUGUGGUUGCUGUGAGGGGUUACAGCAUAGCGGACAAUGAGGUUGUCACCCCUCGUUUGAGAACAAGUGAGGAUCUGUUGGACAGUGUUAUCAGUGAUUGUUUCGACACGGGCGAGCCUUCAGCAUGCCUUAAAGUCAAAGUGCUUUCAUACCUGGAUACGCAGCUCGGAGUGAACAAGGAGUCGGCCCGGUCUUUCGACGAGAAGAACAUCGAUAAAGUGAUCUUCGAUCGUGUUGGGAGGAUCCUGAACGCGAACGAGUUCAGGUUCAAGCUGCCGGAGUUCAUCUUCCAGAAUGCUGAAGUGUCGUACAGGGCUGAUCGGGGGUUCGAUGUUGAAUUCCCUGAGGAGACUGAAAACGGUGAAGCUCGUGGCCUCUUGAAGAAGAAGCUUCUGCUCCCCGUUCUGCUGCUCUUGAAGCUGAAGAUGAAGGCGAUCAUGCCCAUCCUGGUGACCAUCAUCGGCAUUAAGGCUGUCAAGGCCCUGAUCCUCAGCAAGCUGGCCAUCACCCUGGUGCUUGGAUUCUUGAUUUACAAUCUGGUUUUGAAGAAGGGAGCGAUGCCCAUGAUGAUGGCCCCAACCGACGCCCCGCCAGCGCCUCAAUACGGACCCCCCGCCUCACAAUACGGGCCCCCCUCUACCCCUGCCGCUCCCACAGACUCCUAUGGCAGCCCUCAAUGGGAGCCCUCAAGCUCCGGGCAGUACUCUCGCGUCUGGGACCCUAGUCAGCUCGCGUAUAGCUCGUACUUCCCUAGCGAAUCCAGCUCGUCUGGCUCUCAGUCACCUAGCUACUCCAGCGUAGCUUCCAUCUCGACUGUUUCAUCAUCAUCCUCGCCCACCUACUAGCUACCUCCAAAACAUCAUGUACAUAGCACGCACGAACGGUUAGAGUUUAGGAGCUAAGUUAUUGAUGGUAUUUAAAUUAUUUAUUGACACAAUAAAGAACUGAUGUUUUACAAGUU